CAAUUAUUGGCACGAGCCCGAGAGCGAGUCAGUGUCGUCGUUGUGUCGUCGCGCACGGUCCAUUGCUCCGUGAAAGCAAUAGAAAGAAAAGAACUUUUUACUUCCCCCGCACGGGUUUCACCCCGGCAGUGUGUCCUCUGUGUAUUUCUCGCUGGUGUGUGUGUGUAUUAGGCGCUGGACUCGAACCCCCACCUGGCUGACGCAGCAAUUUUUUGUGCGUGUUUUGAAAGUGUGUGCCGCAACUCCCCCCCCCCCCUCAACAAACGGUAACAAGCUCACUUCCGCUCGUCCACCAGCGGGUCGACGCAGGGUGUCGUUGCGAGCAACGGCCAUCAUUUCGCCAUUAGCAGCAGCAGCAGCAACCGCCACACUCGUCUGCGCAAAAUGGCGCGCCCGGUGGUGGCGGCGGCGGCAGCAGUGGUGGUGUGGCGAAGGUUAACGGUACUGCUGACCGUCCUCUGCCUGUACGGGCUGGUCGUGCCGACCGAGCAGCAGUCGUCGGUGCGGCACGGUUUCCCCCCGUCCGUGCUGCACGUGGAACCGGACGUCGAGGCGAGCCGCCGGCUGCCCCGCACCGUCACCCUGUCCGUGGCCGAUCUGGACGGUGAAGACGGCGGUGUCAAUCCGGAGGUGGCCGCCCUGCUCGGCCGUUCCCCUUUCCUGCGGGACGAGCUGGCGCGGCGGGCAAAGCGCGAUGCGCCAGCACCACCACCGGCCAGCAACAAGGAUGCGGCGGCACUAAACAAAACCAUCCCGGCGGCGGCGGCCGCAGGGGCUGCAGCACCGCCACCAGCAGCGGCCGGCAGCAACUCGUCCACGCCGACCAAGAACACGGUUGCGUCGGAAUUUUCCCCGUCGCCGAUAAUCAAGGCAAAGACGACAAACCUGAACGAUUCCCACGGUCAGCUGAUUGUGCACUGGCUGGGCGAGGGUACGGACGUUAUGAUCUGUCUCGCCCGCGAACCACCGGACACGGACAUGAAGUCCCCGCCGCCAUCACCCUCGCGUAUCUUCAUGUCCGAAGACUAUGGCGAUACAUUCCUGGACAAAACGGCCGACUUUAUGCUCAACAUUAGCGGCGUUAUGACCAACUCUACUGUGGAGCAAUUUUUUACGCACCAAAAAUACAACACGAUUGUCUUCAUAGACCCGCGAAAUCAAGCGAUAUUCACGUCAGAAGACUACGGCAAAACGAUAACGAUGCGAAAGCUUGACUUUACUCCAUCGGACGUAUCAUUUUACGACUCGGAUCGGCGAACUUUCCUCGUGCUGGACAAGCGCGAUCCCCAGCGGAAGCUAUAUUACACAACUGACUUUGGCGCAUCGUUUACGCUGCUGCAAAGCUACGUCAAGUCCUUCCUCUGGUCAUCGGGAGACGGAGUCCCUAUCCAUCUAUAUGUGGAACGCAAAGAACCAACAAACACCUCGUCAGUGAUUUUCUUCAACGCAGCCGACCUCUACACGGGCAACCGGCAGUUUAACGUGCUCGUCGAAAAGGUGGAAGAUUUUCAUAUCAACAAAGACUUUAUGUUCGCUUCGCAACGCCUUCCCAACAGCACCCAGCUGCUGAUCUCCUACAAGCGGGGCAAGUUCGUGAAGGCCGACUUUCAAACCGAGCUCGACAUCCGCGGCUACCACGUGGCGGAUGUGGAGGGUCGCCGCAUUAUGAUUUCGGUCGUGCACACGGAGCGCAUUUCGCAUCUGUACGUGUCCGAGUCGAACGAGGACAUGACCGAUAUAAAGUUUGUGCUGAGCCUGGAGAACAUUUUCACCUACGUGCCCGAGCUGAACUGGCGCACGAGCUGGUUGGUAAAAUCGUCCGAAACAGCCUUCACCGACCUUUACCGGGUGGAAGGGCUGCGCGGUAUCUACAUCGCAUCGAAAAUGAACCGCAUUCCGGUAUCGGAAACGAUCACACCGGACUAUCUGAUGUCGGUGAUCACGUUCGAUCAUGGCAAUACGUGGCGCCCGAUCAAGGCACCGGAAACGGACGACGAGGGAGCGCUGCUGAACUGUGGCAAGGACUGUAGCCUUCAUUUGUCGCAGAAAUUCUGUUCUCUUUACCCAGUAGCACGCUCUGUGACCAUCAUGAGCUCAAAAACCGCCCCGGGCGUCAUUAUGGCGGCCGGUGUCGUCGGAAAAUCCCUCAAAGGCCAUCCCGGCGUUUAUAUUUCGCGUGACGCGGGUCUAACGUGGAAGCAAAUCCUGAAGAACUACUACUUCUUCAACAUGGGCGACCACGGUGGCAUUCUAGUGGCGGUCAAGUACUUCAAGCUGAAGGGCGAAACGAACGAAAUCCUCUACUCGACGGACGAGGGCGAACGGUGGCACUCGACACCGUUCAUCGGCAACCAGCUGAAGGUGUACGGGUUGAUGCGGGAAGCCGAAGCGAACGGUACGAUCUUUACGCUGUUUGGAUCGGAGCAGGAAGAGCAUCGGUGGCUCAUCAUUAAGAUCGAUCUGAAGAACGCGUUCACAGCGAACUGCACGGAGGAUGAUUACAAGUUCUGGACGCCGGGAAGCUACUCGGGCGAUUACUUUAUGCCGUGCGUGCUCGGCCGGCAGGACACGUACCAGCGGCGCAAGCCACACGCCAACUGCCACAAUGGCAUCGGGUACGAGCGGCCGAUCCGGCAGGAGGUGUGCGAGUGCAACAGCUGGGACUUUGAGUGUGAUUAUGGCUUUGUGCGAAGUGGCCAGAAGCGAUCGUUCUGCGUGCGCAACAAAACGUUGACCAGCUUUGACCCGUACGCGGUGCCGGCCUCGUGUAAGCCGGGUGCGUUUUACAAGCGAACGCGUGGCUACCGGAAAAUCGAAGGCGACGUGUGUGUGGACGGCUUUUCGUCGCAGUUUCUCCCCCAAUCGAUCCCCUGCCCGAUGGAGCAGUCGAACGAGUUUUUGAUCAUCGCGCAGCGGGAAAAGAUUGCGCGGAUCGAUCUGCGCAACAACAACACGCGCACGGAGUUUGCCAUUCCCGGGCUGAAGAAUGUGAUCGCGAUCGAGUUCGAUCAGAAGCGCAACUGCGUGUUCUGGGCCGAUAUACUGACGGACGUGAUCGGCCGGCAGUGUUUGAACGGUAACGCGACGCCGGAAACGCUGGUAGACAAUGGACUGUCCUCCGUCGAGGGCAUGUCGUACGAUUGGAUCUCGGAGGUGCUGUACUUCGUGGACGGUAUGCGGCUCAUGAUUGAAGCGCUGCGAGUGCCACCCCCUGGGACAAUUCCACCGCCCGGGUCGCCACGAACGCCCAACGUACGCCACACGAUCAUCGACAGCAAGUAUCUGAACAAACCGCGCGGCAUCGUGGUGCACCCGAUGGAGGGCUACCUGUUCUGGACGGACUGGAACUCGAUCCGGCCGUCGAUUUCGCGCUCGAAUAUGGACGGGUCGGAUGUGCGGGAGCUGUUUACGAAGCCGCAGGUCGCGUGGCCGAACGGCGUCACGAUCGACUACAUGGCGGAGCGGUUGUACUGGGUGGACGCGAGCAAGGACUACAUUGCGAGCAGCGAUCUGGAUGGUAAAAACUUCCACAAGGUGAUGCAGCAGGACCCGUUCGUGCAGCAUCCGUUCGCGGUGGCGGUGCUGAAGGACGUGAUGUACUGGGACGAUUGGAAGCAGAAUUCGGUAUUUUCCGCGGACAAGGAUCACGGCAUUAUGGCGAAGCUGGUGGCGGAGAAUAUGACCAAUCUGAUGGACAUGAAGGUGUACGGGCACACGAUCCAGGUCGGAACGAACGCGUGCUCGAACAAUGAGCGCUGCUCGCACAUCUGUGUCGGAGGGCCGAAGCGUACGUACAGCUGUCUCUGUCCGGAUGGUAUGGAGCUGGUGAAGGAACGGUGCACGUGUCCGGCGGGCACUACGGCGCAGGCGAAUGGGUGCGCCCGGACGGGCAAAACCUGUGGGCCGAAGUUUUUCAACUGCAACAACACGCGCUGCGUGCCGCAGAUGUACAAGUGCGACGGGGAGGACGAUUGCGGCGAUCGGAGCGAUGAGGAGGGAUGUCCGGCGGCGAAGCCGGCCUGUCCGCCGCACAUGUUCACCUGCAAGCUGGACCAGCAGUGCAUCCCGAAGCACUAUCUGUGCGAUUUCGAUCGCGACUGUAAGGAUGGAAGCGACGAGGAGAAUUGCAAGACCCCGAACUGUAAGACGAACGAGUUUACGUGCGACAAUGGGCGGUGCAUUAAGCUGGGGUGGAUGUGCGACGGAGAGGACGACUGUCGCGACGGGUCGGACGAGAAGGACUGUCAGAAGAAGAACGCCACGCUGGUUGAGUGUAAGGCGGACGAGUUCCGGUGCAAUGUAACGAACGCCUGUCUGCCGAACCAGUGGCGCUGCGACACCGAGAAGGACUGUCCAGAUGGGUCGGAUGAGGCGAACUGUAACAACAACACGUGCGAAUCGUGGAUGUUUACGUGCGUGAGCGAUGGCAAGUGCAUCUACAAAACGUGGCAGUGUGAUGGGGCGGCCGAUUGUAAGGAUGGUAGCGAUGAGAAGGACUGCCCGAUGCUUACGGGCGGUGGCGGCAGUAUAGACGCAGGCAAGACGGAAGCGCCGACGAAGAAACCGGGCAUCAACAUCAAGCCCGGCCAGGAGUGUCACGAUUGGAUGUUCAAGUGUAACAACGAUCGAUGCGUGCCGUACUGGUGGAAGUGUGACGGUGUGAACGACUGUGAGGAUCACUCGGACGAGCAGGGCUGUGGCGAGCAGGGACCGGCGGGCGGAAAGCCGAUCGGAGGAAAUGGAACGACAAUGGCUCCGUCCGGAUCGUCGAGCAGUUCGACGCCGCCACGGCGCAAGGAUCGUACCUGCGGGCUGCAUGAGUUCCGGUGCGAUUCGGGUUCGUGCAUACCGAAGCGGUUCGUGUGCGACAGUUACAGUGAUUGUCCGCGCGGUGAGGACGAGGAGAACUGCCCGAGCCAUAAGCUGUGCAGCAACAACAACUUCCGGUGCCGCACGGACGGUAUGUGCCUGCCGAUGGAUCGGUUCUGCAACGGGAUCUCGGACUGUGUGGAUGGCAGCGAUGAGGAGUGCAAUUUUAAGCCUUCAACAUCGGUGACGACGAACCGCAACUGCAGCACCAAUCCGGGCGUGUUUGCCUGUGACAACACGUGCUUCGCGCUGAUGCUGCAGUGCGACGGCAAGCCGGACUGUUACGAUGGAUCGGAUGAGGAAAAUUGCUCCGGCAAUCGGAAAGGACGACACUAUCAGGUCACACAGAUCAGUGUCGAUCAGCGUUCGCUCAAUUCGACCAGCUUCCUGAUCUUCUGGUGGCUUCCGGCGACCGUUAGCCUUGAAUAUUUGCCCUCCAUCUUCUACAACAAUGAGUGGAAAAACGUAUCCAACUGGAUCACGGAGACGGAGUAUCGCUUUACCAACCUGAAACCGUACACGACCUACACCGUGACGACGUACGUGCGGGAGAAGGGCCAAACGAAGAUUACCCCACCUUACAUUUACUACGAAAUUGCGACAACCGAAGGAAUCCCUUCACCACCGCUGAGCGUUUCGGUCAUACAGCAGAACGGUUCCCGCGUGCUCGUCAGCUGGGAACCACCAAAGGAAGCGAACGGCAAGCUCGAAGGCUACACCAUCAACUAUCGCCCACAGUCCAAAAACGUAACGCCCGCCCAAAACGUCAAGGUAAGCGCAUCGGAAACGAGCGUCAUCAUCGACAAAGACUUCAAACCGCACGAGGUGUACGAGUUUUGGGUGAAGGCCCGCAACGGCAAGCACGAAUCGCUCUCCUCCGUCAUGGUACCGCUCACGUUCGAUGGCACAUCGUUCGUGGAGAAGGUAACCCGCAUCGAGGUGCUAAACAAAACGGCCAAAUCGGUAACGCUGCGCUGGAAGCCGGUGACGAAUGCGGACGGCUACAUGGUAGUGCCGAUCCUGCCCCAAACGUAUCCGGUGCUGCCGACGAUCAAGGUGCAAAACGCCACGGUCAUUACGCUGGACAACAUGGUACCGGGGACGCAGUACGUCAUCAAGGUGGCCGCCUACGUGAAGAACUUCUUCGGCCAGCACGAAACGACGAUCGUUUCGUUCGGCGGUGUGCCACUGCCCGCGCUGAACGUGGAGCUGAAGGAAAAGACGGACCAGUACGCGUUGCUGCAGUGGGACGAACCGAAGGGACUGGACACGAGCAAGCUGGUGUACGGGGUGUACUACGGCACCAGCAUGGAUGCGCUGUUUGAAGCCGCACGCAUCAACACAACCGCUCGGAGCAUUAAGCUGGCCGGCCUGAUGCCGUGCCAAUCGUACCUGGUCAGCGUCGGUAUCGUCGGUCCGAUCGGGCCCGGCCCGCUCGGUCGCAAUCCGCUGAAGCUGGAGACGGCUUACAAUCGUACGCUUCCACCAAAGGAACUAACAGUAGAUAUUAACGAAACUAGUCAAGAAAUGACCAUCGAAUGGCAGCAUAGCUGUGCUUUGGAUUUGACCGCAUACCCAGCAUACAUUAUUACGGUACGCGAGCUGACGCUGAACAAAACGUCCGUCGUGACGGUGCAACCGUCCAGCAACAAAACCAUGGUGCACGUGUUCCGACAAAUCCCGAAGGGUGCGGCGUACGAGAUUUCCGUCUCGACCGACAUCCCGAACGCGCAGGCCGUCCGGAUGGUUGCGUACUCGGCUCCGCUGCCCGCACCCGAUCAGCUGCAGGUGUGGCCGGAGCGUAACGGCACGUACGUCGUGUUUUGGAAGGCGGUGAAAGAUUUCAAGGACGAUGGCUUUACGUACGAAAUUAUUGUGCACGAGGGCCACGGCAUUAACAGCUCCGUGCCGCCGUUCCUGACGAUACCGGCCAAAGACCCGCCGGCGUUCAUUCAACCGGAUCAGCUGAAAUCGAUCGCUGAUCAUGGCGUCUUUACGGUUGGCGUUCGACUAAAAACGGACCAGGGUCUGUACUCCGACAUCGUAGAGACGGAAUCGUUCACCAAGUACAGUGCGUGGAUCAUGAUGGAACCGUCCACCGCCACCGUCAGCUCGGCGUGGAAGUGGAUCGUGCCGACGGUCGUGGCGAUCGUGCUGGUCGCAGUGCUGGUGUACUUCGUGCAGCGGCAUCGCCGGCUGCAAAGCUCGUUCAGCCGGUUCGCCAACUCGCACUACGACACGCGAACCGGUGCCACGCGCAUCGGCUGCACGCUGGACGAUGACGAGCACGAGCAUCAGGAGGUACCGCGCAGCUUCUCCGACGACGAGCCGCUGGUGAUUGCUUAAGCGAACGUAAACGACAGUGCAAGGUGAGUCUGGAGGCGUGUGUAAAGUUUGUCCCACGGGCGCACGGGGGCUUUGCUAAUAUAUUUAAUAGAUUACGCGUGGUAACCAUACGAUCUCUCAGAUAAAAUCCUCCUUGCCUGCGUGUCCACACCAAGACAAAAGGCAGAGGCGGGGAAGGGUUGAUGUUGAAACGGAACGCUCCGGGGGUUUAUAAAAAGUAGCGCGAACUGAGCUGAAGCGCGAGCACAGAACUGAACCACAUUAUGCUGAUACACGUGUCCGUGUGUGGUGCGCACGUGUUUUGUUGCGCAGUAAAUCCCCCAUUCAUCGUACAUUUAAUCGAGUCAGCCAGCUUCCGACGACGACGAAACGCGCGGCGUGUAACACGAUAUUAUACCGGGCCGAACAGGGAGGCCAAAUAAUUGAUAUGAAAAAAAAAGAAAACAAACAACAAACCCUAACAAAGACGUACUAAAGAAAGUCAAACAAGAGACACAAGAAAUAAAUGAAAAAAAAACUAAAAUAAGCAUUAAGAAAAAAUGUGUUAAACAAAGAAAUAGAGACAGAGAAAAGGGAGAAAUAGUGAGUGACGAGAGGAGUGCUAAAAUGGAAGCAAACAAAACUGAAAGACUAAACUAAUUUUUUGUGUAUUUAUGUGUUGUUCGUUUUAUUGAAAUAGAUUUAUUUAAAGUGUAGCCAAGUGGGAAUAGAAUUGGACAGUAGCAAAAAAACACAAAGCAAAAGAAGUAAUAAUCGUGUCGUUCUGUAGAGUACAUUGCUGCGAUACGGAACGAAAUGAAGAGCGCAGUAAGCAAAGUUUUGUUGUGGAAAAAACAGUCAAUAUAUAUAUAUUGCUAAUUGUUUGACCGUUUGUAGCAAACUCUUUGCGUGUAAACUAUUUGUACAUUCUGUUUAUGUUGUUUGUUCUUCUCUUCCUUCAAUCCUUCCAACUAUAAUGUCAUAUACAAUUUGUUUGUUUGUUUUUUUUCUUCUUACUCUCGGGUACAGCAUGUGUGUUGCGUGUUUGUCGCGCGUUGUCACGGUUUUUUAAUUGUAAUAAUAUAAAUACUAUUAAUAGGAAUGUUUAAAGAAAAAAGAAGGGGAAGAAGGGGAAGAAGGGGAAAACUGCAUAACAAUAAAACGGCAAACGGUACCACUUGUGGGCACACAGCACGUGUCUCUUGUGGGAGAGUAGAGGAGCACAGAUUUGCUCAUAGAAAGAAGAUGUAAGAAGAGACGUUUGCAAGUGUACAGAUUCUGUGAAAUUGUGGCGUGUUUUGCGAGGAGAAUAUUUGUAAAAAAAAACAAAGCAAAAAACUGUAAAAUGCUACGAUAAGUUACAAUACACAUCCUUUUAAACGGAGAAACAAGAGUGGAGAGGAAGGUGAACGCCUCAUCCUUCUUUCAAUUUUCUCCCCCCUAGAGCAAUUGCGCAUUGAAUUAAGCUUGAGUUUGAUUGAACCACGGGUAUUACGUUUCGUAUGAAUUUGUAUGAGCAAUGUUUGAAAUGGGUUUUUGUAAUUGGUAGUGAUUUUAGCAGACGCGCGGGGCAAAAACGAUCGCAUCGUGCAUCAUUAUAACAUCUCCAAAAAAUAACUGUAUUUUUACUAUAAGAUGAAAACAGAAGGGAAGCUCCUACGGGAGGAUAGAAAUAGCUCAGACAUAAAAUACUAUCAGAAAGUUUACUUAAACCCCAUUUUUUCCCGCCACCAACCAGAGGCAUACCCCAAAAAUGCAGAUAGAGAUUUGGUAGGACCGAAUGUAGGUCCCUUGCGUUGGGCUAACUCGUAGUGAUGAUCGUAACUGUAGAGGCAUCCGCUUCCGACUGCAGAUUUUGGGUAAAGGAGGACGAUGAGAAGGUAUUUGUACAGUAGGACGAUUGCAAGCAGAGCAAGAGUGAAGUGUGUGGUCCAAAAGAAAGGUAAACGAACGAUAGGUUAACUAUAUUGUGUAAUUUUUGGGUAAUUUUCUGUCUGUGGAUGUGAGUUUAUGUGUGUGUGCGCGAUCGCUUUCAUGCGGUACGGGUAGUUUUAGAACCACGCCUGACUACUAUCAAUCUACUAAAGCCGUGCAUUGAUAAGCUCUAUCAAACGGGUAGGCGAACAGAGAGAAGGGAAACAGAAGUGGAUUGUUUGGUAAAUGUUCUUCCGUUUAACAAGAAAAAUGAACAAGAAAUCUUUGGUUUCAGGCUUCUCUAGACUAGAACACACACACACACAGGACUACAAACCAAGAAUUCCAAAAUAAAAAAAAAUAAAUGAAAGAAGGUCCUUCUUCUUUUGCAACAAAAAACAGUAGUGAAUAUAAAAUAGUCCGCCAGGGUUGCAGAAACUGAGUUGUGUGUAAUUGAUUAUCUUUACGAUUAAGUAGCGAAACAAUAAAGACGACAAUGAGUAUGUGUGUGUACGUACGACGUGUGUACUCCCCCA